AUGGCCUCCAUGUCCGCUAAAACCAUCGCCGCCAGGAAUAUGAUCACCAGAACCAUGACGGCCUUCGCCAUGACCUCCAUCACCUUUCUUUUCGAGCAAAUCAAUGUCAACCUCUACUCAAGUCAGACGACAGCCAGAAUGCCUGUCCCCAUGCCUUCCACCACCUCACAAUCCACCCCAGCGACGCAGUCUUCAGCUGCUGCGCAGACGGCGCACAACGUACAGAAUGCGGCUACGCAAGCUCUAGCGAGCGCGACCCACAGUGAGAAAACCGAGCAGGAGAAGGAAGCCGAGCGACGAUACGAGGAGGCGAUGGAGGAGGAGUACGCUAAGAGGGAGGGUGGGGCUUAG